UUAAAAAGGCGUUACCAUCAGACACUUCUUUCCGACGCGAAAAAUGGCUUUGCAAGGAACCGUGCUCUUCUCCACCGUCGGACGCUGUUUCUUCGGCUUCGAUAUCUUCUCCGUCACUCUCCCGUCAAACCUCGACGCCGUUCAUGAGUUAACGGAACGACGUCUCACAGACGGCAAGUCUGUUAAUUUUAACGGCCAGUUCCUCGACGAGCCUGAAACGGUCGUUUUCGUCUCAGAGCGAACCGGCGAACCCCGGAUUUACCUCACGCAGCCCGAAAAUCGUAUACCUUCGCAAAUCCCGACCGUUCCCGAGAGCCACUUUCUCGACCGUCCGGUCAUCAAAGAUGGACGGCUGUACUUCGUGUCAGCUCACGAGAAAAUCGAUAAGCUGCUGAGCAUCCGGACGGCUGUUUACACGGCCGGGAUCGAGGACGGGAAUAUCACUCGCCUCACGCCGUACGGAGCCGCCGACUACAGUCCGUCGGUCUCCCGUACCGGAAAGUUCGUCGCCGUCGCGUCGUACGGACACCGGCAGUGGGGCGGGAGCGUCCAGGACCCCGACACGGACAUCGUUGUCUUCCGGCCGUCCGAUCCGGAGAAACGGACCGUGAUCUGCAAGCGCGGAGGGUGGCCCACGUGGUCCGGCGACUCGACGGUCUUCUUCCACCGGAAAUCUGAGGACGGGUGGUGGAGUGUCUUCCGAGCGGAUCUGCCGGAAAAUCUCUCCGGCGAACCCGUCGAGCCGCGACGGAUCACGCCGCCGGGACUCCACGCCUUCACUCCGGCGGCAUCGAACGACGGUAAAAGGAUUGCCGUGGCGACACGGCGGCCGGGGACGGAGUCCCGGCACGUCGAGAUCUUCGAUCUGGAGACCGAGUCGUUCCACCGAGUCAGUGAGUUGCUGAACCCCGAGUUCGACCAUUACAAUCCGUUCUUUUCUCCCGAAUCGGGGUUUUUGGGCUACCACCGGUUCCGAGGCAAGUCUGACUCGGGCGAGUUGACGAUUCCGCAUCUCGAACCGGUGAUUUCUCCCGUUAAAGAUCUGAGGCUGCUACGCUUGAACGGAAAUAUGGCUUCUUUCACUCCCGAUGGAAAGCUCAUCGUCUACAACCCGGAUUUCGAUAUCGGACUUGAUCGUUAUUCGGGCGUGAUGAUCGUGAGAUCAGACGGUUCGAAGCGUUGGACCGUUAUGAAGAACCGGAUCGCAUUCGCCACGGCAUGGAGCCCGACCGAGAAGGGCGUAAUCUACACAUCUCUGGGGAUGAUCUUCCAGGGCAACAGAUCAACGGUCCAGAUCGCACGAAUCUCCUUUGAUCCUGCCCAUCUGGACGAUGAUCAUGACGAGAUCGCAGCCGAUGUGAAGAUCCUGACACGAGAAGAGACUGGAAACAACGCGUUCCCAUCCGUCUCGCCGGACGGGAAGCACAUCGUAUUUAGAUCAGGAAGGAAUGGCCACAGGAACCUCUAUAUCAUGGACGUAGUUGAUGGGGAAUUCAACGGCGGGAUCCGUCAGCUGACUGAUGGACCGUGGAUCGAUACGAUGCCGAGCUGGUCGCCGGAUGGGAAACUCAUCGCGUUCUCAUCCAACAGACACAACCCCCGGAGCCCUGUCGGUUUCAGCAUCUAUCUAAUCCGUCCGGAUGGGACGGAAUUACGUCGCGUCCACGUGGCGGGCCCAGAGGGUUCUGAUGAGGUGAACGGGGAGAGAUUCAACCACGUGGCAUUCAGUGCGGACUCCACGUGGCUGGUCUUCGCGGGCAACUUGGCCGGGUUGUCUGCGGAGCCGAUUUCAAUGCCGAAUCAGUUCCAGCCGUACGGAGACAUCUACGUGUCGCGGCUGGACGGGAGUGGGUUGGAGAGGCUGACGUGGACGGCGUACGAGAAUGGGGUGCCAGCGUGGCAUCCUUAUGGGGAGGCGGAGAUGGGGCCCAUCUCGUUGGAUGUUGCUGAUGCGGAUGAGCUGCGUGGCCAGUUUGAGGAGCCCAAAUGGCUUCCCUGAUUCUCAUGCGUGAGGACGAAACACGUGCUUGCGACUUAGGUCUGCAAAAGCC